AUGACCAACAGCAGCAGGGAAUGUGAUUUUACAGACAUCGACAGAUUAGCAAAGACCCUGCAGAUGGGGAUCUCCAUCCCCACCUUCAUUCUCGGGCUGGUUCUCAACAGUCUGGCCCUCUCCGUGUUCUGCUGCAUUUGGAAGAAACAGACCAAAACCUCAGUUUACAUGAUAAAUCUCGCAUUUGCCGAUGUCUUGCUGCUUCUCUCGCUCCCGCUCAAGCUCUACUACUCUAACACAGAAGCAUCUGGACUCCUGUGCUCAUUCAUAGAGUCUCUCUAUUUCGUCAACACGUACGGCAGUAUCUUCAUCAUUGUCUGCAUUACUGUCGACAGAUAUAUCUGCAUAAAGCACCCAUUUAAAGGUCGAACUAAUCAAUCCCCCAAAUGCGCUAUCCUGAUUUGCUUCUUCAUCUGGGCAGUAACUUGGCUUUGCAGCAGCCCAAUGUAUGUGUUUCACAAGAAAGAUGAUUUUAGAUGCUUUCACAACAUGUCAGAACAGGCGUGGAGCGUCCCCCUCAUUGUUUCUCUGGAAAUUGUUGGAUUUCUGAUCCCACUCACAGUGAUGGUUUUCUGCUCUGUCCAAAACAUCUGGAUUCUUCUGAAGCACAGAAGUCAAGCUGAAAAGAACUUAGAAGGCAGUGGCUCCUUACGAGUCAUUAUCAUCAACCUCGUGGUGUUUUUGGUGUGCUUCACACCUGUCCACCUUGCGAUCUGCCUACAGUGCCUUGUAAGGCAGCAUGUGAUUGUGGAUUGCAGUCUGAAACAAACCAUCAGCCUCUUCAUUCAAGUGUCAAUGAUAUUAGCCAACCUGAACUGCUGCCUGGAUGCCAUCUUUUAUUACUUUGCUGCAAAAGAAUUUCGUGAAAAAACACACCUGAAAAAGAUUGUUGAACUAUGUCCUCUCUUUAAGCCUUGUGCCACAUGA